AAAGUUUGAUCAUCAGUCACUCACCGACAGCUUCAGCUCAGCCGUGCGCGUUCACGCCCCAGAUUUGGAGAUGUCGGUGCCGUCUCCGCGCGCCUGGUGGCGGAGAGAAAAGUAUUUUGUCUCCUAAAAGGAAUUCAACUAAAAGAACAAAAUGUUUAGAUGAGCGGCCAUCCAUAAUCAAACUCGGACAAUCAGCCGACCCUGAUUGGACUCUUCUCCUCCCGAACGAGUUGCUGCCUGCAGCCUCUGUGGGAGCCGGAGUCGCCAUGGAGACAGUGGUGAUCGUGGCCAUUGGGGUGUUGGCCACCAUUUUCCUGGCCUCCUUCGUCGCCCUGGUGGUGGUGUGCAGACACCGCUACUGCCACCCUCACGACCUGCUGCAUCCCUUCGACUCCAACCACGCCUCCUCUGCUUUCCCUGUUGUGUAUUACAGACCCACAGUGGAUCUGAUUGGAGCCAUGGAGACCCAGAGCGAGCUGUCGGAGCUGGAGCUGGAUGAUGUGGUCAUCACCAACCCUCACAUAGAGGCCAUCUUGGAGAACGAGGACUGGAUAGAGGACGCCUCUGGAUUGGUCUCUCACUGCAUCUCCAUCCUAAAGAUCUGCCACACUUUGACUGAAAAGCUUGUUGCCAUGACAAUGGGUUCAGGGGCAAAGGUCAAAGCACCGGCCAGUUUGAGUGACAUCAUCACUGUGGCCAAACGCAUCAGCCCGAGGGUGGACGACGUGGUCAGGUCCAUGUACCCUCCUCUGGAUCCAAUCCUCCUAGACGCCAGGGCUACGGCUCUCCUCCUCUCAGUCAGCCACCUGGUGCUGGUCACCCGCAACGCCUGUCACAUGUUCGGCAGUAUGGACUGGAUCGACCAGUCGCUCAACGCGGCCGAAGAUCACAUGGUGGUCUUGCGAGAGGCGGCGCUGGCCUCCGAACCAGAUCGAUACAUACUUGGAGCUGAUGCACAGAGAGAACAGGCCAUCUAAACACACUGACACACACACACACACGAUAUUUAACAGGCACAUAUUCUGCCAGGAAGUGUCGAAAAGGCUCCCAAACUCAUCAUCCGUCUGAAGGCUGAUGGAUGCAGCGACUCCUCAUUUUCACAUCUCACUAUUCUUUUUCAAAAGCACCUUGGAAAUUGUUUUAUACUUAAUAUUACUUUGCAUUCACUCCAGCUACAUAAAGCUACAGAGUAUAUGUCACACAUCCAGAUACAGGUAGAUGUUUGUAUGUAACUCUGCCUGCAAGUUAAAGGCCUUUUUGGAAAUGUAUUUCUCAAGUGCACCAUCACCCAGCGGUGGGCCUAAAUCCAAUCUCAUCAGCACUGCACAGUCACAUGAAGGCUUAGUCAGCUAAUCCAUUCUGAGGAAAAUAAUAUCCAGUUAGCCAGUGAACCCAAAGGGGAUCCAACUCAGUGGACCAAUGGAAGAACCAGAUUUAUUUACACGUUGUGGGGUCAGCAUGACUUGUGGAUGUUCUAAAACGUCCCUCAGAUACUCUUAACUAACGCUGAUACAAAUCACCAGUUUGUGAGUUGUAAUCACACAGUAGUUUUAGCUUCAUCAGCAGCAAGAGUAAGAGUUUAUUUCCAGUUGAGUAAUGCCCUUUUGUCCCAUGGCUGCAUUGUAUUAGGAUUAAUUAAGGCUGUUAUGGAUGAAGAACCACCACUUUGGUCCACACUGAAAUAUCUCAACAUCUACUUCAUGGAUUAGCAUAAAAAUGUGGACAGGCAUUCAUCGUUCCCAGAGGAGGAAUGCUAAUGACUUUGGUGAUGCCCGGACGUUUCCUCUCGAGCCACCAGCAGGUCAGCAUUUGUGGUUUUGAGUGUCUAAACAACUUGGAUUGCCAUGAAAUCUGGCACAAAUAUUCAUUUACCCCAAAGGAUGAAUCAUAAUUACUUAGGUGCCAGUCAUUUUUAAACAAAUACCUGCAAAAGUAAUGACUUCAGCCUCUAGGCUACUUUAGAAUUAGCAUAACAAUUACAAUAGUAAACAUUAUAUCUGAUGAGCAUCAACAUGUUAGCAUUGUUAUUAGCCGUAUGUUAGCAUGUUUCAGCGUUCACACACACUAUAGAGCGAUGCAGUAUGUCUUUGUGUUGUCGUGUUAUGAGGAUGUUUUGAACAGCAUGUUGAUUGAGGUGGAGCAGAAUUAGCGUGUUGUUUUGGGCCAGAGGGAUGUUAUUGGAGCAUGUCUACCUGCUCUCCCAUGCAUAGCUAAUAGUGAAUCCCCAAUGAGUCCUAAUAAGGCAUUACCCACAGCAACAAUGAACACACGGGCUUAAGCUACAAUACACAUGGCACAAACCUUUGUGCACACAAGGCUGGCAGACGAAUGAACACAUCAGUACAUUCCACGACUGUAAAAUACCGUAGAUUAAGGAGUCAACGCUCGUUUUAAGAUUGCGGAGACGAUCAGGAAGAGAAGCAGCCGUUUGAGAAUCUGUUAACUGAAAUGAAGCCUUUAGAAAGUGGUUAGCCUUUUAUUAUUUUUGUUCUUGUUUACAUUGUUUUAUUAGCAUUGAUUCUUUUUGUAUACACUCUUUGUUUUCUCAUCCCACAGUUUAUUACUGAUGUGCUUCCCUCACUCCCACACAUUGUCUUUAUAUCUUUCAUUGAUUUGUACAGAUAAAAUUAACUUUCAUAGGAAAAUGUGUUUUGUUUUUUUGCUCUGAACAAUAGCUACAGAGAAAUC